AUGCCUUCGACAAGGCCCAUCCGGAUCGGGAAUGCUUCGGGGGCGAUUGGUGAUGGAAUUGAUCAGGUGUACGUUACCAAGUUCUAUCGUCUCGCUCGCGACGGCGAUGUGGACGCCAUAACAGCAGAUUACCUUGCCGAAUUCAACAUCGCUUGGAAAGCCAUCGAGCUUACCACGCGCCCCGACCUAGGCUAUGAGCCCAAUUUUCUCGAGCAAAUCGCCUGGCAAGACGGCGCAGCAGCCAAGUUACUCGCGCGCAAAAAUAUUAGAGUUGUACACGAUGGCGGGGCGUUGAAUCCCGAGGGUCUGGCGCAGAAGACUGAUCAAUACUUUAAGAGUUUGGGGAUUGAGGGGGUGACGGUGGCUUGGGUCGAUGGCGACGAUGUCACAGGACUUGUCAAAGAAGGAAAGCUGGGUAAGCUGAUGCAUCUGGAUCAGAGGAGUCUCGAGCUGGGGGACCUUAGACAUAAGGUCCUGGCAGCAAACGUGUACACAGGUAUGACGGGCGUGAUUGCUGCGCUGGAAGCCGGGGCGCAGAUAAUCAUUUGCGGGCGGUGUACGGAUGCAUCGCCUGUGAUGGGGUUGGCGGCAUGGUGGCACGGGUGGAAGAGCACAGAUUACCAGCAAUUGGCGGGGAGUUUGCUCGCAGGGCAUAUCAUCGAGUGCGGCGCGUAUGUCACUGGAGGUAACUUCUGUGGUUGGAAGGAAAUCGAGCAGUUGCAUCAUGUUGGGUACCCGAUUGCGGAAAUCGCCAAUGAUGGAACGUGUGUGAUCACGAAGCCGGAACACACGAAUGGUGCGGUUACGGUAGAUACAUGCAAGGCGCAGCUCUUGUAUGAGAUUCAGGGCCCGUUUUACCUCAAUCCGGACGUCACAGCACGCAUCGACGGCGCACAGCUCGAACAGAUAGGCAAGGACCGCGUCCGUCUCACCGGUAUAGUAGGCACAGCACCACCUCCCACAUCCAAAUUGGCGAUAUGUCUCCUUGGCGGCUGGCAAGCCGAAGUGUGCGGCUAUGCUGCGGGCCUGGACACUCGUGAGAAACUCGCUCUGAUGAAGGAGCAGGUCAUGCGCGAGAUUGAUCCUUCAGACUUCUCAACAUUCAGUAUGGAGGUUUAUGGAAGCAGCCCUGACAAUCCAAAGUCCCAGCAAGAAUGUACAGUGACGCUACGCAUGUUCGUGCAGAGCGAGGACAAAGAUGCAAUGCUCAAGUUCAAGCGGGCAAUCUUCUACAAUGGGAUGCAAGGGUAUUGCGGACUGCAUCUGGCUAUGGAUUGGAGGACUAUGGAGCCGAAGCCGUAUGUGCGGUAUUUCCCCAGUCUGGUUCCGAGCGUGGGCGUGCAGAUGAAGGCAAAUUUUGUAGAUGGGAGGGUAAUCAACGUGCCACGUAAGACGAAGGAGGAGUGUGCUGAGAAGGUUGCUGAGCAACUGAGCUACGAUCCUGAAGCUCCAGAUUCUCUGGUCUCGUUUGGACCUACGGCGCGGAGACCGUUAGGAGAUCUUGUUUUCGCGCGCUCGGGUGACAAGGGUGGAAAUGCGAAUGUAGGGUUUUGGGUCAGAGAACGUGCGGCAUGGCCGUGGCUUAGGAGUUUCCUAACGAGGAACAAGUGCGUUGAGCUGCUGGGAGAUGAUUGGAAAGACAGAUACAGCGUCGAGAGGUGUGAGUUUCAAGGGCUAAUGGCGGUACAUUUUGUCAUCAAGGGCUUGCUACAGGAGGGAGUAAGUAGUAGCAGUGUGCUUGAUGGGUUUGGCAAGAGUGUCGGGGAAUUUUUCAGGGCGAGGCAUGUGGACGUUCCGGUGGAAAUGUUGGAGGCGGAGGAGACACGGCGGGUUACGAUGAAGGGGAAGUUGUAG